UGAUCGAGCAAUGAGUUUACAUUAUUUUUGCAUCUCUACAUGUAGUGUUUCAGUAUAUUGACACGGUUUCCUAAGUUACAAACAUCGUGUUGUUAGCUGUGGGUAGGUAGGAAGAUUAUAGUCUGUCUUGAAUGAUCAGGAUCUGCUGUAAUACUGCACACCGCCGGGAUAGUCAACAGUAGCAACAAAUAACUGUCGAGACGUCACAAUGCUCCGGGAAAUUCUUGCAUUAUCAGUUGAAGACAAGAUAUUUUACGCUGUCCUGUUUUUCUCAUGGACGGUGUAUGUUUGGGAGGCCUACCUCGCCUAUAGACAGAGAAAGAUCUACAGGGCUACAGUUCAUGUGCCCACUGAGCUGGGCAAGAUUAUGGAUUCAGAGACCUUUGAAAAGUCUCGCCUCUAUCAGCUGGACAAGAGUAACUUUGGCUUCUGGUCUGGAUUAUACUCUGAGUUUGAAGGCACGCUAAUACUGCUCCUUGGUGGAAUCCCAUUCCUUUGGAAAUUAUCUGGGCAUCUGACAGCUCACUUUGGUUUUGGUCCAGAGUACGAGAUCUCCCAGUCUUUGGUGUUUCUGAUGUUGGCGACUCUCUUCAGUGCUUUUACUGGCCUUCCCUGGAGCCUCUACAACACAUUUGUUAUUGAGGAGAAGCAUGGGUUUAACCAACAGACACUUGGUUUCUUCCUAAAAGACGCUCUCAAGAAGUUUGCCGUUACUCAGUGUAUUUUGGUACCAGUGACAUCGUUGCUUCUUUACAUCAUCAAGAUUGGCGGCGAUUACUUUUUCAUCUACGCCUGGCUUUUCACAUUCAUCGUCUCACUGAUUCUGGUGACUAUCUACGCAGACUACAUCGCCCCUUUGUUUGAUAAAUUCACCCCGCUGCCAGAUGGAGAGCUGAGGAGUGAGAUCGAAAGCAUGGCCAAGUCCAUCAGCUUCCCUCUCACCAAGCUCUAUGUAGUAGAAGGAUCAAAGAGGUCUUCGCACAGUAAUGCCUACUUCUAUGGCUUUUUUAAAAACAAGCGCAUUGUGCUGUUUGACACACUUUUGGAGGAUUACUCUCCUUUAAACCAGUCGGGAGAGAAAGAGCCAGGAACAGGGGAGGAGAAUGAGGCGGUGGUCAACGAGAGCAAGGCCAAGCCAAAGAACAAGAAACAGGGCUGCUCUAACCCUGAGGUUCUAGCAGUUCUUGGACAUGAACUUGGACAUUGGAAACUAGGCCAUACUGUCAAAAACAUUGUCAUCAGCCAGAUGAACUCCUUCCUAUGCUUCUUCCUUUUUGCUGUCCUGAUUGGUCGAAAAGAGCUCUUUAUGGCAUUUGGUUUUCAUGACACCCAGCCAACUCUUAUUGGGCUGAUGAUCAUCUUUCAGUUCAUCUUCUCACCUUACAAUGAGCUGCUGUCGUUCUGUAUGACAGUGUUGAGCCGGAGGUUUGAGUUUCAGGCAGAUGCAUUUGCGCGCGGUAUGGGCCGAUCAUCUGAGCUGUACUCCGCUCUCAUUAAGCUCAACAAGGACAACCUAGGCUUCCCUGUAGCAGACUGGCUCUUCUCCAUGUGGCAUUACUCCCAUCCUCCCCUGCUAGAGCGCCUCAGAGCCCUCACUGGACCCAAGCAGGACUGACGGCAUUUCAAGGGGGGGCCACGUUCACCAAUCGCUCCCCCGAGAAAGGGUCUCCGCCGGCCUCUACUGGCACUCUGAUGUUGAUGCCUGUUUUUCUGUCCUUCCCAUUUUUAAAAUUUCCAUUCAUAAGUGUUUUGAGUUUUUCAUUUGUUUGUUCUCGCCCUGUAGGAAAAAGUUUUCUGUUUGCUUCAAUGGAGAUGAGAUGGUCAUGACCUUUGUUAAGUUUGCUUGUUUCAGUAUGCCUUUUACAGCUGUUCUCUUUUAAUUUGUCUUUUAAUUUAUUAAUUUUAAAGGAUGAAUUGUCCCCUCUG